UUGACUAAACCAAACUUACAAGGAUCAAAUUGACUCAUGAGUACAUUUACAUGUACUAAGGGGGUGUUUGUUUUUUGGCCAGAAGAGCUUCUGGCUUCUUUUGUCUGCGCCGCGCAGAUGCUAAGCUCUGCAGAUUGUUUGUUUUUUAGAAGACAUUUCACUCAAAAAGGUCUUCCUGACAUCUUCUUGGAGAAGACAUUAACUUAUGUUAUUGGAACUGAGAAGUCCGGAUCCGGAGAAGUCCGGAUCCGGAGAAGUCCGACUUCCGAGGAAUCCGGAUUCCGAGAGAUCCGAAUUCCGAGAGGUCCGAAUUCCGAGAAAUCCAAACUUGAGAAGUCCAAAUCCUUUGAUGACCGAAUCCCAUUCUAAUUAGGAUUGAUCUUGAUUUAUUUGUUUCCUAGUUUGAUUAUGAUUUGUUUCCUUGUAGGAUUUGUAUUCCUUGUCUAUUUUGGAAUCAUCCUCUCCUAUAAAUAAAGGAGAAACCCCUUGUAACUAAACAGAACAAUUGAAUAUACAGAAUAUUUUCCC